AUGGAUUUGUUCUUCGUUGAUACUACCGGGGACAACUUUGCCAACUCGUCAAUCCCGGCUCCAGUUGUAAAGCUACCUCAAGCAUACCUGAACACAUACGAGGGUAUCGAACCUGUUCAAACACCGCGUUGCACAGAAGAAGAAAAUGGCAGCGUCGAAAAGGAUGAUGCCCUCGACGACGACGACGAAGACUACGAUGGAUUACCACCUCCUGGACAAAGCAUUUCUCAGAUACUGAAUGAAGAUGAUAAUGUCGAUAUCCAGCGAGUGGUUUUACGUCCAAAGGAUAUUACAGCGGGAGGCAUUCCGGCGAAGGUGCAACGUAAAGGCACAAAAGAUUCAUCAAAACGCCGAAAAACUGCUCCCAACGAUGAGCUUGGUCGCACGGAUGUUGAGAAGGAACUUAAGAGUGCCAUUUUGACACCCGCAAUUGAGAAAAAAGAGGAUAUUGCACGCUUAGCCAAGAGCGAUGAGGCAAUUCGAAAGCUUAACAGACUUGAACGUAAUAAGACCAAGGGAAAAAAUUGGUUCGAUAUGCCGGCCCCGGAGCUCACUACCGAGCUGAAAAACGAAUUGCAGCUCAUGAAAAUGCGAUCGGUGUUGGAUCCAAAAUUGGCCUUCAAGCGACUGGAAAAGAGAAAGCUUCCCAAAUACUUCGAAAUCGGCAAGGUGAUGGAUUCACCGGUAGAACACUUCAACGAACGGGGCAUAAAGAAACUGAAGUCCAAAUCGCUCGUUGACGAGCUGCUGGCUGAUGCGGAGUUCCAGAAGUUCAACAAACGCAAGUACGCCGAAUCUUUGGAGAGACAAAAGAAAAAGGCCUACCACAAAGCAGUGAUGAAGAUGAAGCGAGAAAAGAAAAACAAGAAGAAGAAAUAA